AUGGAAACUUGUCUCAAAACAAUAAAUUCCACUGAUGAUAUUACUGGAUCAAAUGCUUGUGAUGCUGAAUUUAGAAAAUUUUCGGCUCCAUGGAUCAUUGGCUAUGUAUUGGGUGCUAUUGUAUCGAUUUAUUUUGCUUUUGUUGUUAGUGCUUAUGCUACUCAAUGUAAAAAUAAUGAGAGAAUUGUCCCUCUACAAACUGAUACCGGAAAAAAUAAUUCUAAAUAA